UGUUCCGGGAAACGGCGUGUUUGCAGACUUGGACGAACCGGGACAUUUUACUACAAAGAAUAUAAAACUUCGUAACGUCUGUUGUUGGCCUCGACAUGGUGAAAUUAUCUGCGGAACUGAUUGAGCAGGCUGCUCAGUAUACCAACCCUGUAAGAGACAGAGAGUUGGAUUUACGAGGUUAUAAAAUCCCAGUGCUUGAAAAUCUUGGAGCUACUCUGGACCAGUUUGAUACUAUUGACUUCUCUGAUAAUGAAGUCAGGAAACUGGAUGGCUUCCCUCUGCUCAAAAGACUGAAAACAUUGCUAAUGAACAACAACAGGAUCUGUCGCAUAGGUGAGAAUCUGGAGCAGUCUCUGCCGAGUUUGACAGAACUGGUUCUGACCAGCAACAACAUUCAGGAGCUGGGUGACUUGGACCCACUGGCCACAGUGAAGACAUUGACCCUUCUGAGCCUUUUAAGGAACCCAGUGACAAACAAGAAGCAUUACAGGCUCUAUGUCAUCAACAAAAUCCCACAGAUCCGUGUGCUGGACUUCCAGAAAGUAAAGCUCAAGGAACGGCAGGAGGCGGAGAAAAUGUUCAAGGGCAAACGAGGUGCUCAACUUGCAAAGGAUAUUGCCAGGCGAACGAAAACAUUCACCCCUGGAGUGGCAGCGCAGCUUGAGAAGAAGAAGACGGGGCCGUCUCAAGCUGAUGUGGAAGCAAUCAAGAAUGCCAUUGCCAAUGCUUCAUCGUUGGCAGAGGUGGAGAGGUUGAAAGGGAUGCUGCAGGCCGGUCAGAUCCCUGGCAGAGAUCUCAGACAAGGUCCAGCUGGGAUGGUAGAGGAGGAGGAAGAGGAAGAAGAAGAAGUGGGUGCACAGAUGGAGGCACAUGCGGAUGGAGGUGCUGGAGAGGAGAUGAAUGAGGGAGAUCAAGAGGAGGAUGAUGAAGACAUGGAUGUAGAGCCACAUGUCAACGGCUCCUGAGUACCCUGAAAGCAAUUUGUUUUGUUUUUGUAUUUUUUUUUUCAUGUUGUACAUUUGUUUUGGACAUACAUUUACCAGGGUGAUUUUGCUUUGUUUUGUAAAAUGACACAAUAAAAACUGAUUUCUAGUA